AACCAUGAAGAGAGUUUUGAUUGUUGCUACACUGUGGGAGAGCUGCUGGGAGAAGGAGGCUGUGGUGCGGUUUAUGCUGGUGUUUGUAAUGCAGAUGGGAAACAGGUUGCUGUGAAAUAUGUGCUGAAGGACCCCCGCGACGGAUUCAUCACUAUUCCUGGAGAGACGUACCCACUUCCUGCGGAGGUGGCGUUAAUGAAGAUGGUAUUCAAGCCACCUCACUGUAAUUCUGUGCUGAAACUACUGGAUUGGUUUGACACGCCCGAGCACUACAUCCUAAUCCUGGAGCGACCCAUCCCCUGUAUGGACCUCUUUGACUUCAUUCAGCAAUUCCCAAUGAAUGAAGCUGUGGCUCAGCUCAUCAUGUGGCAGGUGGUUCUGGCUGCAAUUCACUGCCAUGAUUGUGGAGUUUUUCACCGGGACAUCAAGCCAGAAAAUCUUCUGGUGAACACCGAGACACUGGAGGUCAAGCUGAUCGACUUUGGCUGUGGGGACUUACACAAGGAAACAGCGUACACCUCAUUUUCAGGCACUAAGUCAUACGCUCCACCUGAGUGGAUAGUUGAGAAGGAAAUGUAUGGCUGCCCUGCUACUGUGUGGAGUCUGGGCGUACUCCUGCACACCAUAGUUUGUGGAGAGAUGCCGUUCGGGGAUGAAGUGGAGAUUGUUGAUGGGGGCCUGGACUUUUUACCUGAACUUUCUGACACAUGCUACCAUCUGAUAAGUAGGUGUCUGGAGAAACAGCCUGAAAAACGUCUCAGCCUUAAAGAAAUCCUUCAGCAUGAGUGGUUUACAGAGAACAGUAUGAGGUUAGGGCAUCUGCGUGGAUGAAGAUUAUAGAAAGAAGACUGUGUGUGUGUGUGUGAAAGACCUUAAAUAAAAAUAAAGGUUCUUGUGUAAAUAA